CACUGAAGUCAGACAGCGGAGGGGACAGCUAAUGUGUAACUUAGGUUAGGCAAUCAGGGGGGAUAAAUAAAUAUGGACCCAGAUUGUCUCUUGGAAUCAGUUCCUGAGCACGAGAAACAGGGCAAGAUUGUCUUCCCAAGAUAUCAAAUCUAAGAGAGGUAUUGCUGAAGCUGCCAUUAACCAUGAACCUAGGAGUGGGUUUCCUCUGUUUCCUUGUAUGCAUUGCCACCAUUGGCUGUGAUCGAGUGUAUGUCCACCCCUUCUACCUGUUUUCUAUGAACAACACAAAGAGCCACAGUUGUAAAGAGCUGGAAGUCAGAGAACAGCUGAUGAAGACUUUCAUCCCCAUCUCAAUUGAGUCUCAUCUUGCUUCAGAGUCUGAAGAGAGUCUGAGAAACCGAAGCGAGGAAGAAAAAAAUCGUUUAGGUGUAAAGUUCUUGAGAGAUCCCAUUCAUACAGUUGGUGCACGCUUCUACCAGAAGUUGAGGGAAAUCUGCAAAGAAGAUAAUAUUUUUCUGUCCCCCAUCUAUAUAUAUGAGUCUUUGCUGGCCUUCUACUUAGGGGCCUCUGGAACAACAGCAAAUAAUCUGCAGACCUUGUUAGAAUUCAGCUCUCCUUCCAUUGACCCAAACUGCACCUUCAAAAUUGAUGGGCGCAAAGUCCUCACAGCUCUGAGGUUCAUCAUCAAUAGUCCAUUCCAUUCAAAGGAUACAGAAGGACUGCUCUUCUCCAAGCUUUCCUGCCUUUUCUCAGCCCCUGACAUCCGUUUAUCAGAGUCCUUUGUCCACCAAUUGGCCUUUUCAGAUGUCAAUUUCUAUGUAAGGGCAGUUGAUUUUACAAACCCAGCGCAAGCAGCCAAAUACAUUGGGGCCUUUGUCGAAGACAAAACCACACCCAGAAGCAAGAGUCUGCUGGUGGACAUUGAACCAGAAACCACCCUGCUGCUUGCAACCUUCACACAAUUCAGAGUUAUUAUAAAGGGGGCCUCCCUGUUGAAGAAGCCUCAAGACUUCUGGCUGAAUUCGGACACAGCAGUCCCUGUACCUAUGAUGAGAGUGACAGGAAACUUUGAGUAUAAAUGUGAUGGUGACCCCAACCUUAUUGUGGUCAAAAUUCCUGUCAGUAAGAGCAUAUUCCUGCUGCUUUUGCAGCCAACCAACAGCAGUGACUUGGGCAAAGUUGAAAAGCAAUAUUCCUUGACGCCAUCUGUAUCCUGGAUGCAAAAACUGUCAGCAAGACAAAUCCAGUUGACUUUGCCAAAGGUAUCCUUGAAAACCAUUUAUAAUCUUCAGGAACUCCUGGUGAAACAGAAGAUGGCUGAUCUGCUUGGAAAGAAUGCCACUUUCAGGCUGCUAAGCAAUGCUAACUUGACGAUUGGCAAGGUAAUUAAUCAGCAACAUUUAGAGCUCAGUCCCAGUGGAGCGGAUGAAGCUGAAGCUCCCCCAGAAGAAAAUGAAGCCACCGAGACACUCAAAGUAACCAUUGACAAGCCGUUCCUGUUAGCAGUGUAUGAAAAGGAUUCAGAUGUGUUGAUUUAUUUUGGAAGAGUAACAAAUCCUCUGAAAGCAACAUAAAAUGUCAUAAAAGGGAAAGAAAAAAAAUUGGUUUUCCAGUUUUCCUUUCAAUUUUUUUUCUUGACUUAGCAACUUUUUAAAUAGCCUCACUGACUUGUCAUUUGAUAUUUUGAAAUGAAAAUUGAUAUACCUUUCAAAUACAAAACUGAUGAAAAGAAUGCACAGUGCUUAAAAAUAACUGUAUUUCUUUAAGUGGAUGUUGUAGGGAUUGAACACGUUUAUACCACCACAUGGUCAACUAUGGCACCACACAAAAGAAUUCAUAGUACACUUGGAUUGCUAACCCCCUGAAUCUACAAUGAAGUAAGAUGAAUACACAUUAUUUUUACUAAGAGAUAACAUGUCUGAUUCUGUAUUACUACUUAAUAAGGAGAGCUCAAAAAGCUCCUUUUUGGACUGCAGAUUUGGAGAGUUGUUAUUCAAAAAAGUAACUUUCCUGAGCUCUAUUGGUAAGCCAGCCAUAUGAUAUUGUCAUAUGUGCUGAAGACAUUUUACUAUACUUUGGCACCAUUUCAGUAACCCAGGAAAGCAAUGUGAUUGCUCUUAGUGCUUGGCAAGACAAGAGAAUCAACUGACCAAUUUUCCAAGUGGCCUAAAAAGGAUUAACUCAAAAUACGGCGCAGUGGUUAAAUGCCUGUACUGCAGCCAUUUACUCAAAACCACAAGGUUGUGAGUUCAAGACCAGCAAAAGGGCCCAAGCUCGACUCAGGCUUGCAUCCUUCCGAGGUCGCUAAAAUGAGUACCCAGACUGUUGGGGGCAAAUUAGCUUACUUGCUAAUUAGCUUACUUGCUGUUCACCGCUAUGAUCUUUGGAAUAGCGGUAUAUAAAUAAAAAAAAAACAAAUUAAAAUCAUUUUGCUUCCUGGGCCUAAGGCCAGAAUGGUGCCUGUGCCUUCUCUGUACAGAAGCUAGGUUCACUUGCAGGUGAAUUUUAUUUUAAAAAGAACAGGAUAUCCUUCUACACCAGAGAUGAGAGCAGCAGUUUUCCUGGGCUCACUAAGCUGGCUACAUGGCAUCUAACCAGAUCUAUCUUCCAACAAGGAGAAGUGGAGAGGUAUCUCUGGAGGAAUUACCAGGAAUGGUGCCACGUACCUCUUAAUACAUCCAAGCACCUGCCAGGUGAUGGUAGGUAUGCCCUGAAACUAAGUUGUUGCUUGGAAAACAGUUGUUGUCUUCAUUCAUCCUGCUUUAUAGCUUCAUAGGAUGACCUAUUUGACCCUGGAGCCUGGCAGCUCAGACUGGUAGUGAUACAGAUUAUAGCAAAUGAAAAGGGCCAUUGAAAAAUAGAAUUGCUUAACCUUCUGGUUGUUUCAUGGACUAUGAGAAUUCCUUGUGCAAUUGGAUAGCAUUCUGUCCAGAGAGCAGCCAAGUGUUUCCAGGUGUGUGUGUGAUUUCUGUGUGUCCCAGGCUCUGGUAAUCAGAAACAUCAAACUUCUGAAUACAGACAGUUUGUUUACUGUAUCUGUUUGCUGCCUUAGGUCCUCCACUGAGAGAAAAUAAAAGAAAGAAAAGAAAUAGGUCCAUUGGAAAUUAGGCUGAGUAUUGCAUAAACCCAGAUUGAGAGCCACAGGCUGCCAAAUACCUGUUUUAAUGAAAACAUAGUUUAAGAUGAAUUUCUUCUAAAUAACAGUAUUUAUGUGAAAAUAGAACAUACAGAAAAGGGGGGUUUACUUUACUUCCAGCACCAGCACCCUUUCUCAUAAUUUCCUGUUUGCUUAUCAAGAUUUAGCCCUUACUGUUGAAUCUAUCUAAUCUCGUCCUUUAAUAAGAUGGGGGUCUUAGUUUUUUUAUUAUACUUCUCACAAAUCCCUUCAGUUCACACAAUUACCAUGCUGGAUGUACAUUAUAUUAAAAUUCUGAUCUACACAGUGCCUUUGAACUGCAUUACCCAUGAAGCUAUAGUCAAUAUAAAUAUUCUGAUUAUCAAGAAGAAUUGAACUAAAACCUGGAGCAGGUUAUGCUAGAAAUUAUUAUGUAAAGGGUGGUGUUUGCUUUUGAAACAACCUGUUCUAUGCAACUAAUACUGGGACAUUAAAGUAAGUAAGAUUUAUUUCCUCUCACACACCCCUCCAGUUAUAGCAACAAGGAGACAUCCUGAGAGGUUCAAGAGAUAAGCUACUGUUUUUUUGAAAAAGGGCUGGAAUUUACAAUCGGUCAUGAAUGUGUAACCUAGAGUUAUGCAUCUGUAGCUGAUUAGUAUUCACUAAUUAGUAUUCACAUGUAUUCAUGAUUGUGGCAACAGCAUAGAAAAUAAGCAGGAAUGGAAAAAGUCUCUCAAUUCUGCCUUAUCAGGCAGCAACCACUGCGAGCAAUGGGGCUCUAUCCCCCUUUGACUAGGACAUAGCAGGUUGACAUUUCUGCCUACCACCAGCCAGUGAUCUCUGGUGCCAGGAAGAAUGAUGACAGGGAUCCUGCUUCAAACUGUCACAGCAGAGAUUGCCAUCUAUCUGCUGUGUAUAGAUUGACUGGAGAACAGACCUCCGGUGUUCGCAAUGCUGCCUGGUAAUGAAAGGAUAGUGGUGGGGGUUUGAGCCAGGAGACACUAUUUAGUUAAGUAAAUAUAACUAAUAACCUAAUCUAGAAUCUUGACCAAGAUGUUUGUUUACACUGUUUUCUGUCCUAACCUGUUCAAAUAGCUCAGAAGUUACAAAGCCUAUUUACUUAGACCUGUAAUAAGCAGGCAGAGAUCUAACUACAUAACAUUUUAAAAGUGGGAAGGUAUUUGAACCAAGGUCUCCUCAAGAUUGUUCAAAACCCAAUAUAUUAAUCCACAUAUAUUAAGUUUGGGUUUCAAUAUGCACAGGAGAUCAUGUGCUGGGGAAAACGAAUUAAUGAAGAAUAUUUCCAAGUGGGUUUUAUGGAUCCCUAGCUAGUACAACCUAGCCCACUUGGAGUGUCACCAUAUCUCAACUAUAAUGUCUGUAUACCUGAUUCACAGUGAUAGUAAAAUUCUUGUAAUGAUUCUGUUGUGGAGAUAUUUCCAGAUGAUGUAGUUGAGCAAGAAUGCAAAGAAGACCAAAAUGCAGCUUUCUAUUAUCAAAAUUAGAUUAUCACUGACCUUUCCCACAAAGCUCUAUUGCAGAUUUUGCCCCUUAAUUUAGCCUUAAAUCUUGAAUUAAAUUUAAAAACCAUAAAUGACACAGGGAAGUUUCAAAGGAAGUUGCAAACGCAUACGUUUGUUUUGAAAUUCAAGACCUAAUUUGUUUUUAUCUCUUCUAUGCAACUUAAAUAACAAUUGUUAAGCUCAAAUGCCAGUAAUUACUAUUCUUAGGCAUGUAUCAUAACAUUUUCAUUACACCUCUUCCCCCUCUGAUUAAUAAAAAUACUCCAAAGAAACAA